UGUACGUGACUUUUACCUUCGUUGCUUUAGUGGUGGGGUCCGAGACAGGACAAAGUGGGGGAGUUGAGUGACCCCCUUUUUCUCCGGCUGCAGCAGUACAGUCAAGAAAAAGGAAUGCCAAGGCAACAGUCGGCGGGCCUAGCGGUACACUGCUACAGCGUUUUCAACAGCUGGCUAGCUGAAUGAACAAAGAAAUGCACGUGUUAGCAAUAUGAAAAUUACGAGCAUUUUCCCAGGAGCAUGUAUUCUCGUUAUACUUACGGUGAUCUCAUCCACUGUAUCUGAAGAGAAGGAACCAUACCAGGGAAAAUACCUUGGAAAACUCAACCCUUAUCACCACCAAGUUUCAGGAGAUGUGUAUGCUGUUGAUGAAUAUACACUUCUAUUCGUGAAUUUUAACUAUGAUGGGAAUGGAGCAGACACAUUUUUCUGGGCAGGAUCUGCCAAUCGGCCAGGUCCACAAGGUUUCAUUGUGCCAGAUGAGUAUGGAAAGACAAAUGUCUUGCACAGUUACUUGAACAAGGAUUUCACACUGAAACUGCCAGAUAAUAAGAAAAUCACGGAAAUAAGGUGGUUUGCUGUGUAUGACUUGUCAAGCCAGAACACCUUUGGUGAUGUAUAUGUACCAGAAGAAUUCGAGCCCCCAACUAUGCAGAGAAUAUCACAGCUGUCUGGAACAACACACAAUGUUUCAUCUGAAUCUGUUGAAAUUUUAGACUCGAAAACUAUAAGACUGAAGCAGUUCUCAUAUGAUGGACAAGGAAAAGAUGCUUACUUCUGGGUUGGUAUUGGUCCCCAGCCAUCUUCAAAAGGGACAAAAGUUCCGGAUGAAUAUGGAUACCUUGAUCCACUAAGGGCAUACAAGAAUGAAGAUGUAACACUACAGCUACCUGGAGAACUAACUAUAUUUGAUAUAGAGUGGCUCAGCGUUUUUGAUCUGGAGAGUAAAGAAAAAUUUGGUUUUGUCAGAAUACCAGAUGGCUUGAAUGUCCCACCAUCACUUGUUAAAGUUGUGCCUCAGAAGAACAGUUUGCCAAACUGUCUUCAGUUACAUAAAGAUCUCCAAGUUAGUUGGGAAAUAUUUGGACCACAGAUAACAAUUCAAUUGGCAGGACAGGUUGCUGAAGAUGAAUAUAUGGCUUUUGGACUUAGUGGCUCUACCGACAGAAGUCAGAUGAUAAAUUCUGAUGUUGCAGUGACAUAUGUUGAAACUUACCUCGGUCAUGCUGAUGAUUACAACAUUACUGCACAGUCUCCUUGCACUAAAGUACUCGGCCAGUACAAAGGUGUUUGUAAAGAUGGACUUCUUGGUGGAACUGAUGAUAAUCAACUCCAUACAGCAGUGAGGGAAAAUGGCAUUAAUAUAAUAACAUAUAGGAGAUCAUUAAAAUCAGCUGACGCAGGAGAUAAGGAAUUUCCUUUGGAAGGCACAUCAUACCUAGUGUGGGCCAUUGGAAGAUUGGAUAAAAACAAGGAACCUAUGUUUCAUGAUCUCUAUCCCAAAGGAGAUAUUAAAGUGGAACUCAACCGCAAGGAGAAGGAGAGUAAUUGUUUUGCUUUCACAAGAACUCACGAAAACUUUAGGGAACCCUGGGAGAAGGCACAGAUAUUUGAUAGAUCCAUCAGGACAUUCAGGGCAAUUUUAGGACCAGCAGGGGGUAAAAGAGGUUAUCAAGGAAUCACUGGUAUGACUUCAACUGGACUAGCGUGGUACAUCAAUGGUUACUUAGUUCCUGAGCUGUGGUUAAGACGGGGUCUGACAUAUUCAUUUAGCGUAUAUGGAGGCAACAAUCCACAUAGUGCAGAGACAUAUCAUCCAUUCAUUAUAACCGAUGAACCACAUGGAGGAUAUGAUAGACUUAGUGAACAGGCACAGAGGAAAGUUAGAGUACUUGCAGGGGUAGAAUUUACAAGGAGAGGACAGCCAAAACCAACUACAGCUGGCCCUUUGUGUAUUGGAAAACACAAUAAUCGAGAUAGAAGACUGGAUGAUGAUUUUGAAACCUUUAAAAAAUUUAACCGUUCGUUGAUGUUCACUUGUGAAAAAGGUGAUCCAGCAGUUCUGAAAAUAACACCAAAUACAUCAUGGCCUGAUGUUGUGUACUACCACAGUUAUACUCACCCUAACAUGGGAUGGAAGAUACAUAUUGUAGACAGCUACUACCCACCACAAGCUGCUGGUACUGCGAGAGCUACUGCAGACUUUAUUUAUUUAGUUACUGCACUUAUAGUACUUUUGUGGACUGUGAUGAAUGAUUAAUGUUAAGGUAUAUAUGUAGGUAGAUAGAUGCUUGAAAGAAAAAGAAAAUGAAUCAAUGAUAGCAGAAUCAAUUUUUAAUUAAUUUUAUUUUCGAUGUACUUGACUGUUAUUCCACAUUUUUAAAAAACUAUUUCUGUAUUCAUUGGCGUAUUCAGUAUACUGCAUUUAUAUUAGAGUUCCUAAAUAUGUGCUUCAAAUAAGAUUGUUCACAUAAGAAACAAAAUUCAGUGCACUUACUCUAUUUUUUUACUUUUUUAUGAAUUAACUAAGAUUGUACUGACUUUUGUACAAGAAGUAACUAAAUGGUAUAAAAUUUGUGAUAUGCAAAACAAAGGUGAACAGAAAAGUCAAAAUUAGUUGCAGCAUUAAAAUGAAACAAAAAACCUAGGGCAUAAAUGGGAAGUCAUCUUCAAAAAUUUCAGUUGAGGACAAAUAAGCACUUCGCGCAGAAUAAAGCAAAGAGGCUAUCAUCCAUACACAUCACAUUGAGGAAAACCACGAUGACAGUUGACAACAGUGAAAUAUUCUAACAAAGUACUAUUACCUCUUGUGAGGCACAUCAUUGUAAUGACUGAACAAUAAUUGAUUGAUUUGUGAUGCGUAGAUACAAGUAACAGUUCAGAGGCUUUACAAGCUUUUGAGUUACCACUUUUUCUUUAGUUUAUAUACAUACUCUGACAUAAACUAUACAGCCUUUCUCUCUCUCUCUCUCUCUCUCUCUCUCUCUCUCUCUCUCUCUGUGUGUGUGUGUGUGUGUGUGUGUGUGUGUGUGUGUGAGAGAGAGAGAGAGAGAGAGAGAAGAAAAGCAGCUCAAAAGCUAGUAACCUAUGUACUGUUAGGUAUGUGUACACUCGCCAUACAUUUAACAGCUAUAUGUGAGUGGUUGCUUUUCUUCAUGGAAAUUAGGUUACUAUAACAGCAUGUAAUGACAUCAUGUUUGUGUGGAAAUGGAACACCUGAAAUAAAGUAUAUUACUUUGGA